AAGUAUCAAUCAACAUUUGUUCGUUGAAUCGAUAACAAGAUGUUCAAGUUCGUAGCAGUCGUCGCAUUCCUCGCAGUGGCCGCCGCGUCACCCGACCCGGCCAUCAUCAGUACUGGUCCUUUGGCCUACUCGACCGGAUUUGCUCCAGGCCUCACUACCUACAGCGCUAGCCAAUUCUACAACCCUGCUCCUGUGGUCUACUCGUCCCCCGCUUUGGCCUACUCUGGUAACUACGGCUACCCCCACUUCAUCAAGAAACGCUCUCUGGUCAGUAGCUACAUCGCAUCAGCUCCCUUGGCCUACGCCGCUGCUCCUUUUGGUACCACCUAUGGCGCUGCUCCUCUGGGUGCCACUUACGCCGCUGCUUCCCUAGCCAGCCCUUACGCCACCACCUACAGCGCUCCUCUGAUACACUCUAGCCCAGUGUACACCACUCACUUAAUCAAGAAGCGUUCCGCCCCUCUGAUCGUGCCCUCAGCCUCCUACAUCGCACCAGGAGCCUACCCCGCGUACUCAGCAUACUCUGCCGCUGCUCCUAUCUACUCAUCUCCCUACUACUCCUCUUCCUACUACUCAGGUUCUCCCUUCGCCUACACUCAAUUCAUCAAGAAGUAAAUGCGAAAAUAGAUUGCGCAAUAAUACAAUAACACAGGACGUGCCCAAUAAAAACCUUAUUUGAGACCUUUGUACAUUUUUUUAAGACGAAUGUGUAAAUAAAUGUCAUUGACAAAAUAA